AAUAAAUUGAAUUUCUUCUACUGUAACCUAUGGGAAAGGGGAGUUACCAUAGUUUCUAUUAAAUUACGAAGAAAAAAAACGAAAAUCAGAAUCAAGGCGAAUUUUAGCCAUUUUUUCCCUAAAGAGAUUAUUUUAUCUAGAGGGAAAAAUAGUCUUUGAUAUAUGCGUGUGUGUGUGUGUUUUGAGAUGCAUGGAACAGUGAUGUGUACGUGUGUAUAAUUAAGACAGAUGGAAUAUUUUUACUAGGGAUAUAUUUGUUCACAUUAUUUCUGGUAGACUAAAGUUUAUGAGUAUUCAUGCAUUUUAUCCAAUCGCACUUAGAUGAUUAGGGCGGAAACAGAAAGUUCCACUUCUGUAAUCACAAAAGCUUAUAAUAUUAUAUGUUAGAAAUUAACUGUCUUUGUUGGACGGAAGGAAGUUGAUAGAUUGUGCAUACAGAACAGAUUCUUGAUCUUUCUGAGGCCGUAAAUAAUAUUGAAAAUCACGUGAAGGAAUAGGAAAUAAACGAAUAACUUUAAAAAAAGAUGAAUAUAUCUGAUACACAACUAUUCCAUUCACGUCAACCAACAAAUUGGUCAAUGAUGUUUCCAUUCAAUAAUAAUAAUACUGUGGAUGCAUAUGAGAAAUCACGUAUCAAUAAUAAUAAUAGUAACGCUAAUAAUGGUUUGACCAAUCAUCAACUACAAACGUCCCCAUCUUUUUCUCCUCCACCACCAGCGCUAUUACCAUCAUCUGCAACGUUACCACAUCCGCCUUUCCCUCCUCCUCUACAUCACAAUCCACUUUCACGUCAAAACGAUCUACAAUCACAACAACAACGGGAGGAUCAACAACACCAACAAUUGUUGCCGCCAGAUGUGAGUACAUUGCAGGAAUUUAUGAAUUAUGGAUUAUUACCAAUUUCAUCGAAUCAAACUAGUCAAUAUAAUGCAACUGUCAACAAUAAUAGUAAUAAUAAUAGUGCCAGUCAACUGGAUUCAUUUUACAUAUCUUCAAGUGUUACUGUGGUACAGAAUGAUGUGAAUACAAUUCCUACAUCUGAUUCCCAAUUAAAAUUGACCACAGAGCCUACAAACAACAUGUUUAGCAACAUUCUACCAUAUACACAUAAUGAAGGAUUAUCAGACAUUAGUUCUUCCUAUAGAGAUAUGGUUUUUCCACAAACUUCCAGCAAUACUACAUUUAAUGGAAACAGUAGUAUGAUGAGUGGAUCUGAUGUCUCAAGGUCGUUUCAACAAUUGGAUCCAUGGACAUGGAUGAAUAUAAAUCAUCCAACCAAUUAUCCAGUGACAUCACUUAAAACUAAUACUUUUCCAGCCAUUACUACAUCACUAUCACCUUUGUCCACUUCGUUAACAUCUACACGAUCAUUAUCAUCUACGUCAGCCACGUUAUCAUCGAUUCCCGAAAGUCAAGAUGUAACUAUGGCUUUAGAAUUAGCUAAUAAAGCUCAUCGUCUUAAUAACAGUACUUCUAUCUCAAGAGAGAAUGACUUUAUUUCAUUGCCGAAAUUUAUGGGAAUGACGUCGUCAUCGCCUAAAAAAUACACUAAAGGUCUUCUUUCUCUUCAAAGACCUCAUCAUCAUGAACAUCAUCCCCAACAACAACGACAACAAUCGUUACAAACACAACAACAGUACAAAUUUGAAGAUUUUCUACCGAGUGCAUUUAAUGUUGAACAGAAUGGUUAUAAAACAAGUAUAUCUGAUUUUAAUAGUAAACAUAAUAAUAUUAACAAUACAGAUGGAAUUCAUAAAGAAUUUCCAGAUAAAAGUAUUUCACCUACUUCUACAUCAGGAUUAUUUCGUCUACCAUCUAUUAGUCUGUGUGAUACGAAUAUCUAUUCACGAACAAUGAAUGCUGUGAUUACUAUGAAACCGGAGGUUUUAUCAACAGAUGUAUAUAAUCGGAUAGAUGGGAAUUAUCGUGGAGAAAGUAAGCAUACCAUUACUGCUGGGACGGCCACCGCUGCUGUUAUUAGUAACAACAAUAAUAAUAACAACAACAAAUUACAUCGUUCCAACAGAUCUUAUAUAUCAUCCACAGCAGCUGAUGAAUAUGAUUUAAAGUAUAAGCCUCGUUUAUCAGUUCAUCAUAAUAAACAGUCCAAUAAUAACAGUAAUAAUAGUAAUUUAAAAGAAUUAAUUUCAUCACAAAGGCGAAAACGCUCCACAUUCAAUACUACUACUGCUAUAACUACUACUGCUAAUAAUAAUAAUACUACUACUACAAAGAAUGAUAAUAACAAUAAUAUCAACACUACUGUUCAUCAUUCUAUAAAUAACAAUAUAACUGGAUCUAACUUGAUACCAAAUGUUACAAUGGAUGUCAACACUUCCGUUUCAAUAACAAGUUUAAACAAAACUAAUUUUUUCCCAAAUAACAAUAACUCAGAACUAAGUAAUAUCUUUACUUCAAGUGGUAGUUUAUCAAAUAAUAUUGAUAUAACUCAUCGUUUAGGCAAAUCACAUUUUAAUGAUACAUUAAAUCAGUAUAGUAAUGAACAUGAAGAGAAUAAAAAUCAUCUGAAAUCCAUGAAUAAUACUAAUCAGAAUACAAUGAAUAAUCAUAGUUUAGAUGAGCCAUUUGUAAAAUAUGGUACAAAAUUAAUGAAAAUUGCUUCAGAUAAUGAAACUGGCUUAUCUACACAUAUAAAUGAUUAUGAUUAUACAAAUUUGUCAUUGUAUACAAAACAAACUAAUUCCUCACUUGGUACAAAUCAAUGGAGACCACAAUGCUCUGGACAAAUACAAUUAUGGCAAUUCUUAUUGGAACUAUUAUCGGAUUCUAAAAAUUUAGCUUGUAUCACAUGGGAAGGAACUAAUGGUGAAUUUAAAUUAGUCGAUCCUGAUGAAGUAGCACGAAGAUGGGGUGAACGUAAAUCAAAACCGAAUAUGAAUUAUGAUAAAUUAAGUCGUGCGCUACGUUAUUACUAUGAUAAGAAUAUUAUGAGUAAAAUAAAUGGUAAACGUUAUGCAUAUAAGUUUGAUUUUAGUGGAUUAGCUCAAGCAAUGCAACCGCCAACAUGUGGUAAUUCACCAAGUCCUGAUACAAUGAACACUAGUUCACAAAUGUUAUCUUCAUUAUUAUUACCAAGUGUAUGUCAUGGAUUAGGCAUAAUGAAUCCAUCAACACAAGUAAAUUUAAAUCAUAAUUUAGCACCAACUGCCGGUACACAUUAUUCUAAUUUAUUAGUGUCCACCCAACUAUCACAAAAUCCUAAUUUAAAUAAUAAUAAUCAUACUACUAAUGAGGCAUCAAUAAGUAAUAACAGUAAUAAUAAUGACAAUAGUAAUAAUAAUAUUAAUCGUAAUGAUUUUAAUACUCGAUUUUCUUCUCGUCCAACAAAUCCCAUAUCAGCAGAUUUAUUUCCUUAUACAACAAACGUUUCUAAUUACUUUAACACAACAUAUUCAUGUUCUUCACCAUCCUAUAUUUCAAGAUUAGGAUCACAUCCUAUCGAUUUUCGAUCGAAUCACCGACAAUUACAUACUAAUACUUCAGAGACUAUGAACGAUAAUGGUAGUUUGAACAGAACAGAAUACCCCACUGAUUCAUUUUACUAUGGUAAUUUUGCACAGAAUAAAUCCAAUAAUCCUACUUAUUCACUUUCUAACGGUUCCUAUACUCAAGAUGUAUUACACUCUGCACGUAUGGCCGCGGCUGCAGCGGCGUGUUGUUUAAUAUCACCACUUAAUAAUAGUUAUAAUAAUAAUAUGUCAUCUUUAAACAAUUAUUUAGUGGAUGAUGACAGAACUAAUAUGAUUAUGACGAAUACAGAUUCGUUAUUUACAAGUAAAUUUCAUUCACUGGAUGAUUUUGAUUCAUCACGUCUUCAUCAGUCGCAUUUACUUCAACAACAACAACACCAGCAGCAUCAACAUCAUCACCAUCAUCCUCACUCUCCCCAUGGACAACAACACCAGGAGCAUGACUUACAUCAGAAUAGUAUACACGUUGAUCAGCAUAAAUCAUCAACACAUUUAUCCACAUUUAAUCAAAUGUCAAAUAAAAACUUUUUUGGAAAAAGUUCCAAACAAAAUUUUUCUAAUGCGAAUGAAUACAUUUCAAAUGGGAUUCUAGACAACAUGGAAUUAAGUAAUAAUAGUAAUAAUAAUAAUGAAAACAAUAAUGAUAAUAACACUACUAUUAUGAAUAAUAACAAUAGUAAUGAUGAAUUGAGUACAUCAAAUAUGUUCAAUUCUACUACUCAUCUAAUUCGAGAUACUACACAUAAUAAUCUAUCACUUUUUCAUGGGAUGAGAAUACUUCCUGACAUGGAAGACAAUAAUAAUAAUAAUAAUAAUAAUAACAGUGUUAACUCACUACUUACAAACUCAACUAGUUCAACUCUAACUACUUCACCUAAUAUUGAUCAGAAUAAUUUAAAUUCAAAUUUUAUAUCUAAAUCAAUAAAUCCAUUAAUGGAGACAUCGAAUUUGAUUGGAUCAUGUUUUCCAAUAAUGACUCAAACAUCAACUAGUCCAAUGAAUAGAAUAAAUUCAUGGUUUACAACAGUAACAGAAGAUGGACAAUCAUCGUCAUCGUCAUCAUCAUCCUCAACAACAUCAUCAUCUUUAACUACAACAUUCAGUUAUUCAGAUUCGAAUGAAUUGCAAAAGACAAUCAAUUUAUCAAUAAGCUAAAUAUAUAUUUUUAAUUUCUAUAUGUUUAUUGUUUCCAAUGCAUAGACUGAAUAUAUUGGAUACUCACAAUGUAUUUAUUGAUUUUUAUUUACCUUGUUUUGUAAUUUAAUACAUUG